AUGAAGCUCUCCAAGGCCUUGGAAAAAGGUGCUCCCUUCUCCCUUUUCUUGACCAAUAAGUACUUCUCUGCAGUUGCCUCUACAAUAGAAAAAAGCAACGGUGAAUUAUCGACAUUUACUGGCGUAAUGAAAACUGAGUAUCGCAUUGCCUUGAGGUCUUCACUGCGACAUGAUUUUGCAGAAGGUGUUAAAGCAGUCUUGAUAGAUAAAGAUCAGAACCCGAAGUGGAAACCACCGAGGUUGGAGGAAGUUGAUCUGAGUGAGGUUGAAGUUGUCUUUAAACCAUUAGGAGCAGAGGCGAGGGAGUUGUCUGUCUAA